UUUACGGCCGCCCGUCCCGGCGCGUUGCUGAGCUUGAAAGUGUGGGCGCGAGUACCCGUAGGAGCGCUCUGGCUUGUGUGCCUGGCGGGAUGACCCAGUCGGUGGUAGUGCAGGUCGGCCAGUGUGGAAACCAGAUCGGCUGCUGCUUCUGGGACCUUGCGCUGAGGGAGCACGCCGCGGUCAACCAGAAAGGAAUUUAUGAUGAUGCAAUAAGCAGCUUCUUCAGGAAUGUGGAUACCAGAGUGGUUGGUGAUGGUGGCAGUAUUUCCAAAGGAAAAAUAUCUUCCUUAAAAGCACGAGCUGUUUUGAUUGACAUGGAAGAAGGGGUAGUGAAUGAAAUUCUCCAAGGACCCCUGAGAGAUGUAUUUGAUAGCAAACAGCUCAUCACUGAUAUUUCUGGCUCGGGAAAUAACUGGGCCGUGGGUCACAAAAUUUUUGGAAAUCUUUACCGGGAACAGAUUUUAGAGAAACUCAGGAAGUCAGCAGAGCACUGUGAUUGCUUGCAGUGUUUCUUUAUAAUACACUCCAUGGGAGGAGGAACAGGGUCUGGACUUGGCACAUUUCUUUUAAAGGUGCUUGAAGAUGAAUUUCCAGAAGUAUACAGAUUUGUGACAUCAAUUUAUCCUUCCAGCGAGGAUGAUGUCAUAACCUCCCCUUACAACAGCAUGUUGGCAAUGAAGGAACUUAAUGAACAUGCAGACUGUGUGCUGCCCAUCGACAACCAAUCUUUAUUUGACAUCAUUAGCAAAAUUGACUCCGUGGUAAAUUCUGGAAAGUUGGGUACAACUGUGAAGCCAAAGAGUGUAAUUACUUCAGGUGCUGGGGCUAUUAAAAAGCAGCACAAGAAGCCCUUUGAUGCAAUGAACAACAUUGUGGCCAAUCUGCUCCUCAACCUGACGAGCUCUGCAAGAUUUGAGGGUUCCCUUAAUAUGGACCUUAAUGAAAUCAGCAUGAAUUUAGUCCCUUUUCCUCAACUUCAUUAUCUUGUGUCAAGCCUAACACCUCUGUAUACACUGGCAGAUGUUAACAUUCCUCCUAGAAGAUUGGACCAGAUGUUUUCAGAUGCCUUUAGUAAAGAUCACCAACUAAUUCAAGCAGACCCCAGACAUAGUCUCUACCUUGCCUGUGCUCUCAUGGUUAGAGGAAAUGUACAGAUUUCAGAUCUUCGCAGAAAUAUUGAAAGACUAAAACCUACCCUGCAAUUUGUCUCCUGGAAUCAAGAAGGCUGGAAGACUAGCCUGUGUUCAGUACCUCCUGUGGGCCACUCUCAUUCAUUAUUAGCUUUAGCAAACAACACGUGUGUGAAACCUACCUUCAUGGAACUGAGAGAAAGGUUCAUGAGGCUCUACAAAAAAAAGGCUCACCUCCAUCACUAUCUGCAUGUUGAAGGAAUGGAGGAAAGCUCUUUUGCGGAAGCUGUGUCGUCUCUGUCAGCACUCAUACAGGAGUAUAAUGAGCUUGAUGCCACAAAGAGCAUGCCUGUGCAGGAUGUACCUAGGCUGAUUGUGGCUGUGUGAAUGAAGAAACCAAAAAAUGCAGUUGUACUUUCUUCUGACUCACAUGGGGGUUGUCACCUUUCUGUUCCAGUAGUUUUGUGAUCCAGAAAGCCCAGUUUGUUUUUCAGAGGAUCUGGAAAUAUUUUUUUUUAAGAAUGGUUUCAGGGCUGCAGAGAUGGCUCAGUGGUUAAGAUCACUGGCUACUCUUGCAGAGGAACCAAGUUCAAUUCCCAGCACCCACAUGGCAGCUUAACA